AUGUUACAGCUUAGCCUGUCAACUGAUGACUGCCAGAUUCUAGGAGAGCAGACUACUGCAGCGUUUAAAGGGGAUACAAAUGAUGAAGGCGGCAUCUAUAUACACUACCACUACAGUAACAUAACUAAUGUCAAUGGAACUAUUAAAAACAUAACUAGGAUUUCUGACGUCCACAUGCUCUGUCACAAAACGCAGACAUUUUUUUUGAAAGAAAUGGCUCGCAGCCUUGUUUCUGUUACUUAUAAAUUUCAUCUUCUCACCCCAUAUGCCUGUAAACCAGUCCACCACACCCUAAGUACAGGUUCAAUACUCCUCAUUCUUUUCCUUCUUGCCUUCAUAAUCUAUCUGCUUGCUGGAUUUGCAUUCAAGCAUUUUUAUCUCGGGGCUCAAGGUGUCGAGAUUAUCCCUCACUACACAUUUUGGAGUGAUUUCCCACUUUUGGUUAAGGAUGGCUGUUCCUACACUUUCCGAUGUUGCCGAGGUCCGUCCGCCUAUGAAAGGAUUUAAUGUCAGAGCCUUCCGCUUUGUCCGACUGUUCUUGUAUGCCCUAUCACCCCCCCCCCACUUUUUUUUUUUGGCCUUUUCUUAAAUUUUCAAAACUCUGUGUCUGUCUUCAGUUCUUGCUGGAAUCAUCUCUACAACUAUUUUCUUAUUGUCUGCACUCCACCACCACCACCAUCAUCAUCAUCACAAUCAUCAAUCUUAACGGUGCUCUUUCAUAUUGUGAACGUAGUAGUAGUAGGAGGAGGAAGAAGGAAAAGAUGACCCAUCAUCUGACAAUCACUUCUUUUUACUACUACUACUACUAUAUCUGCUCCUUUAGGGUAACCAACCUCUGUUUGGUUUAAAAUAAGGAGUCGAGAAGAAAACAAAAAUUACACUUUGCUCUGUCAUUCAACACACACACACACAUCAUGCGUGCAUACAUACACACACACGCACUUGAUCUCCAUGUAGAUCUCCAGCCCGACACUUCAAAACCCUAACAUUUCAGGUCCCAUCCCACCUACAUUCCACCCUGAUUCAAGGAGCCUUAGCCUGUAAUAAAAUAUACAAACUCUACUAUG